AUGAGGGCCCCCAUUACUCUGCUGCCUCCCACGAGCAGCCUGCCUCGGCUGCGCUGCUCGUCCCCAGACGACCUGACUCUAGACAAGAUCGAUCGCGCGUUACAUGACCUCCGCAACAUCUACUGCCCCCUUCCUCGAGCUGCUGCCUUCAGCAAGCCGUCCCUGCCACCCAGCCAAGACGACUCCCUCCUUGUGCCCCGGGCCACGACAGCCAACGCGAGCAGCGGUGCAUCGACACCCCAGCCUGUCGACUCCGGAUACGCAUCGGGCGACGAACAAGAAGCCGACCCUUGUGAUACCAUAACGGAUCAAGACCACGUUGCCGAACUCCGCCAGGACCCCUACGAGCGACAGUUCGCCGUCCGCUGGCUGACGACCCUGAUCUCGCGCGCGGACGAGCUGCUGCCCGAUGCCGACGAAGAUGCACAGCAGCGACUUGUUGAUGAUGCCUCAUACAUAUUGGCCUCGUUCAGCACUGCGACGGACGCGGACGAGGACGAGGGGUCGGGCGCGAUCGAGAGGGAGUUCUGCUUCCCGCAGGACGGGCAGGCGGGCGACAAGAUUGAGGUGCGAUUGACCGACGGAACUCCGGCCACGGGGACGGAUCACACGGAUGUGGGCUUGCAGAGCUGGGGCGCGUCGAUUGUGGUGUCGGAUCUGAUGUGCUCUUACCCAGAGAGGUUCGAUCUGACUGUCGAAAAGCUGGGUCGCGCGCCGCGCAUCGUCGAGUUGGGCGCCGGGACGGGCUUGGUGGGCAUCACUAUGGCCAAGUUGCUUCCUCGACUUGGUGUGCCUUGCGCAAAGGUCAUCGCGACAGACUACCACCCCGCUGUGCUUGAAAAUUUGCAAAGUAAUAUUGUCGCAAACUUCACCGAGCGAGACAAUGCCGCUGUUGAGACCUGUCUGCUCGAUUGGUCGAAUCCCUGCCUCGACCCGCCUCUUGACAUUGCAGCAGAGAUGCUCAUUGCGACAGAUGUGGUCUAUGCCCCAGAGCAUGCAGCCUGGCUGCGCGACUGCGCCGCUAAGUUGCUUGCCCGCGACGGUGUUUUCUGGCUCAUUGCAUCGGUUAGGCCUAAUGGCCGGUUUGAGGGCGUCACCGAUACCGUCGAGACAUCCUUUGCGGAUGUCAAGGACUGUCCCAAGUCGGAAGAUGGGAAGAUGGUAUUGCGGAUUGUGGGCAAGGAGAGGCUGGAGAAGAGGAAGGGUGUCGGGCGAGCUGACGAGGUUGGAUACAAGGUGUUCCGAAUUGGCUGGGUGGAGAUGGAAUAG